AUGGCAAUCGAGAAAGAGAAUCCGGACAAUGCCGUUGCCCAAGGCACAGACUCAACUGGCCGUCUCACUCACGAAGCGCAGCCUGCAUUCAAAGAGAGCACCGUACCUGCCGUGCGCUUCUGGAUUCUCAGCGUUGGUGUUUGUCUCGGCCUCUUCCUAUCCAUAAUAGACACCUCCAUCAUCGCCACCAGCAUCUACAGCAUCGGCGUAGAGUUCCAAGACGUCCGUCGCGUGAACUGGGUCGCCCUAGCCUACACCCUCGCCUAUCUCGGCUGCGCCGUGACUUUUGCUCGUGUUUCGGACGUGGUGGGCAGGCGGAACGCCUUUGUCGCCGCGUACAUUGUAUUCUUCGCCUUUUCCCUAGGAUGUGGUUUUGCGCAGAGCCUGGACCAGCUCAUCGCUUGCCGCACUUUGCAGGGAAUAGGCGGCUCUGGGCUAUACUCUCUUUCCAUGAUAAUCCUGCCCGAGCUCUGUCCCGAGCAUCUGCAGCAGUACAUUGGCAGCAUUAUCGGACUGGUCGUCGCCGGGUCGGGGGCGCUUGGGCCUGUUCUGGGAGGCAUAUUGACGCAUUAUGCGACGUGGAGAUGGGUAUUUUGGAUAAAUGGACCCAUUGGUUUCGUCUCCCUGAUCAUAUUCUUCCUCUCCUGGCCGAGAGCCGAACAUCUGCCCUCGGCGACAAGACGGUCUUGGAAAGAAUUCGACUACGUCGGCUCACUCCUUAUUAUCGCCGCCGCCGUUCUAGUCGUCUUCUCCUUCCAGAAUGCAGGAGAAUCCUCAGAGCCGACAUGGGGCACUGCCGCGUUCAUCGCGCCCUUAAUGGUCGGCCUCAUCCUCUGGCUCGCACUCAUCGCCUGGGGGUAUUUAGCCAUACAUGCCCUCAAGGCUCGCCUCGCCCUGACCUUCCCCAUAACCCUCUUCAGCAACAGAACAUACACCGCUGCGGCGCUCUCAACAAUCUGCAUCGGCUAUCCCUACUUCAUGCUCAACUACGCUUUCCCGCUCCGAGCGCAGAUCAUAGGUGAGAAAAGCCCGCUCGUAGCAGGCGCCAUGCUCCUCCCCAUGCUGGGCGCCACGGCGGCGGGGAGUAUUCUCGCGGGAGUUCUGAGCCGGACGAAGAAUUACCUCCUCGAGACGAUGCUCGUUGGCGCGUGUCUUAUGACGCUUGGUGUGGGACUACUUACUAUCGUGGAUGAUAGUGGCGAUGAUGAUGCCGAUGACGAUGCCAAGGCGCUCGGGUUCAUUGUCUUUGCCGGUCUUGGGUUCGGAUUGCACGUCGCUGCUGCGACGAUGCUUACGGCGUUUGAGGUGCCCAUUGUAGAUUAUGCACCCGCACAGGGCAUAAUCGCCCAGCUCCGAAUCCUUGGAGGGAGCCUGGGGAUAUCAACCUCAACCAUCUUCCUGAACGCCAAAUCCCGCGAACACCUCACGGGAGUCCUAACGCUCGACGAACUGGAUACACUCGGACACAGCGAUGGAGCGCCACUGUCAUGGGAGAAGCGUCGUGCGGUUCACCGCACCUUCUCAGAAGCCUUUCACAACGAUAUGGUUGCUGCGGUGGCGGUCUCGGGGUUUGCGGUCCUGGUGGUGCUUCUCGGCGCGUAUCGGCGCGGUAAGAGGAUGCGCGUGGACGAUCAGAAGAUGGCGAGGGUAAGGGAGGAGAUGGCGCGUAGAUCGGGGCAGUAG